AUGUGCACUUAUGUAUUGCAAGGCAAGCAGCGAGUCGAGAUAAUGGACUAUAUGAUGAGAUAUUUCUCUAAUUACAAAUGGAGUCUUAUAACCCUAGAUAGACGUUUAAGACACUUUAAUAUUUAUUACGCUGACUAUGGAGUUAGCAUAAGCAAGGUGACGGCGGCAGUGGAGAAUGAGAUGAAUGGACCAGGGAAAUUGCUAGGAUAUAGGGCAAUGCAAAAUAAAAUGCGACAAAAAUAUGAUAUAAAGGUACCUAGAGACAGAGUUUAUGACAUGAUGUAUGCUAUACACCCAGAAAGAUUGGAAGCUCGUCAACCUGGGUUUAAAGAAGAUAAGAAAAUAAUUUACAAAGAGGUGGCAAGCCACCGCAAUGAUGAACGCAACCUGUUAGGUCUUUGGAAACAAGCUAAAGGUUGUACUCCUCUAGAGAAUAUGCCUCUAAAAGCACAAUUCACCCUUUUUACAAGGACUUAA